AGCAUGCAGCACAUUUGUCGUGCGUUCGUGUUUCGAGCCUAUCACAGCAUUUAAUACUAUUGUAAAAGUCUGUAACAGAAAAUCAAAAUUUCUUAUCCCAACUAAAAAAAAAAGUCACAGAAAAAUAUAAAGUCCCAAAAGAGAAAACGUCAGACAAAAACAUGCAGCUCACGGUUGAAUUUAACCCCCGGCCCCCUAUAUAAAAAUCCGCCCCCAGAGUUACACUACUCUCCGCGCACAUUAGCAUAAACCGCCGUAAGAGAUAACCAGAAGACGACGACGACGAAACACAAACGUCACGUGGUUAAAAUUGAGCUAGCGUGUCGUCACCGGCGCACAAUAGCUACCUUCCCCGCCAUUAAUUUUAACUGUUUUAAGUUUAAGCAAUUGGUUCAAUUUUUUUUUGUUGCCUUUUCCUCUCUGUUUAUAAAUAUUGGACACAAAAUCCAGAACUGGGGAAAAGGAAUUAUUUGCCACUGUAAUUUGGGGGAGGAAAAAUGAGAGGCGGCGAUACAAUGGCGGCGGUGGGGUUUGGUUUAAUUCUGCUAUUGGCUGUAACGACGCCGUUUUGCUUUGCCGCCAAUGUGACGUACGAUCACCGGGCACUGGUUAUCGACGGAAAGCGACGUGUUCUAGUUUCUGGUUCAAUUCAUUACCCUCGGAGCACACCUGAAAUGUGGCCGGAUUUGAUACAGAAAUCCAAGGACGGAGGAUUGGAUGUGAUAGAAACUUAUGUUUUCUGGAAUUUGCACGAACCAAUUCAGGGACAGUAUGAUUUUAAAGGAGGGAAAGAUUUGGUGAAAUUCGUGAAGUUGGUUAAGGAAGCCGGUCUUUUGGUUCAUCUUCGUAUCGGUCCUUAUGUUUGCGCUGAAUGGAAUUACGGUGGAUUUCCUCUCUGGCUGCAUUAUAUACCCGGAAUUGUCCUUCGAACCGAUAACGAACCCUUCAAGGCUGAAAUGAAGAAAUUUACGGCCAAAAUUGUCGAAAUGAUGAAGCAAGAAAAUCUAUACGCAUCUCAAGGGGGGCCAAUAAUUUUAUCUCAGAUAGAAAAUGAGUACGGAAAUAUCGAUUCUGCGUACGGUAACGGUGCCAAACCAUACAUAAACUGGGCUGCAUCAAUGGCCACGUCAUUAGAUACAGGUGUGCCGUGGGUGAUGUGUCAGCAAAGCGAUGCUCCUAGCUCUGUUAUCAACACUUGCAACGGGUUUUAUUGCGACCAAUUCACCCCGAAUUCUAAAAACAGCCCGAAAAUGUGGACCGAGAACUGGAGUGGAUGGUUCUCGGCUUUCGGCGAUUCUUUACCAUACAGACCUACGGAAGAUCUUGCUUUUGCUGUGGCGCGUUUUUACCAGCUCGGCGGAACCUUCCAGAACUAUUACAUGUACCACGGUGGAACUAACUUCGGACGUAGUUCGGGUGGACCUUUCAUUACAACAAGCUACGAUUACGAUGCUCCGAUUGACGAGUAUGGCCUUUUAAGGCAGCCGAAAUGGGGUCACUUGAAAGAUGUACACAAGGCUAUAAAACUUUGUGAAGAGGCAAUGGUGGAAACCGAUCCGAAAACCACUUCCCUCGGUUCGAAUUUAGAGGCGACUGUUUAUAAAACAGAAUCAGGAAAAUGUGCUGCUUUUCUUGCAAAUGUCGGCACGCAUUCCGAUGCAACUGUGAAAUUCAACGGCAAUUCUUACAACUUGCCGGCUUGGUCUGUCAGCAUCUUACCUGACUGCAACAACGUCGUCCUCAAUACCGCGAAAAUUAACUCUGUUUCCACCACUACGAAAUUUGUUCGUCAAACUUCGAAAGAUUCCACUACAGCAACAACAGAUGCAUUUUCAAGCUGGAGUUGGAUAAACGAGCCUGUCGGUAUAUCGAGCGAUAUUGCGUUUACAAAACCGGGAUUAAUGGAACAAAUAAAUACUACCGGUGAUCUAAGUGACUAUCUGUGGUAUUCUCUGAGCGUUGAUACGAAAGGGAACGAGCCGUUUCUUGAAGAUGGAUCGGAGACGGUUCUUCACGUGAAUUCUCUAGGCCAUGCGCUUUACGCUUUUAUCAAUGGAGAACUCGUCGGGAGCGGGAAAGGACGAAACAGCAACCCUAAAGUGUCGAUAGAUGUACCGAUAAGCCUCAAACCCGGGAAAAACAAGAUUGAUCUUUUGAGUUUGACAGUUGGAUUACAGAACUACGGAGCUUUCUUUGAUAAAACGGGUGCGGGAAUUACCGGUCCGGUACAGUUGAAAGGCUUAAAGAAUGGAUCUACUCUUGAUCUUUCCUCUCAGCAAUGGACUUAUCAGGUUGGUUUGAGUGGAGAAGACUUAGGACUGUCGAGCGGAGGCACCUCGUUUUGGGUAUCGCAACCUACUCUGCCUAAGAAUCAACCAUUGAUGUGGUACAAGACGACAUUCGAUGCACCUUCCGGAAGCAGCCCCGUGGCACUAGACUUCACGGGAAUGGGGAAAGGUCAAGCAUGGAUAAACGGUCAAAGCAUCGGCCGUUAUUGGCCGACAAAUAUCGCUCCAAGUAGCGGUUGCACCGACUCAUGCAAUUACAGGGGAGCUUACAGUGACGGCAAAUGCCGAAGAAAUUGCGGAAAGCCAUCUCAACACCUCUAUCACGUACCACGUUCGUGGAUGAAACCGAGCGGAAACAUCCUAGUAGUGUUCGAAGAAGGUGGUGGAGAUCCAACGCAGCUGUCUUUCGCCACAAGAGAGACGGAAAGUAUAUGCUCUCGUAUUUCGCAGUCUCACCCGAUUCCAAUCGACACGUGGACUUCAUCAAACAAAGAAACAAGAAAACAUACAAAACCGACUCUCUCACUAAGCUGUCCAUUUCCAAAUCAAGUUAUAUCGAAAAUCAAAUUUGCCAGCUUCGGAAACCCUAAAGGAACAUGCGGAAGCUUUAGCCACGGUCAAUGCAGCAGCAAAAACGCGCGAACCAUAGUCGAGAAGGCUUGUAUUGGUUCGAGAAGCUGCAGUAUCGGAGUUUCGGUGAAUACGUUCGGCGAGCCGUGUGCCGGAAUAAGUAAAAGCUUAGCUGUUGAAGCUUCAUGUUCAUAGUGAAGUGUCUGUUGUUUGUAAAAUCCAACCAAUUAAGUUUGUUGGUAUAAAUAAAUAAUUACAGAAAUAAUUAAAAGGUUUCAUAGUUUGUCAAUUGCCAAUUUACAUGACAGACUGUGGUGCUGAAAGAAAAAUGGAGGAAAUAAAUUAAUAUGUUAUCUAUUGUCAA